AUGGGGUCCCCUCGGGAAUUGGAGACCCCACUAGAGUCAGAUGCAGCUCCCCCUUCAGAGAUGAGCCCCUGUGGGGGAAUCAAAGAGUCUGAGGGGCAAUAUCCUCUGAGCACAGGGGCUGGACUCACCCAACAAGGACAGGAUGAUUUGGGAGACUUGAGGGUUCUCCCUGAAGCAAAAUACGCUGCGGAGUGGAGACGAGGGGGAGUAUUAGGAAAAGAAGCUUCGGGGUGGAGAGCGAGCCCCACGGUUUAUGACCCGUGUGACACGAGGCUAGGGCCCCAAGAAAGGAAUUUCACACUGAGUGAGUUAGGAAACGGAUUAGAAAAACAGAAUAUUUCUGGGCUGGGGUUGAGGGUCCCUCGAGAGGGUUAUAAUUUAGGAGUCAACAAGAUCUCAGCUUCUCAGGAAACAAAACCUUCUUGGAAAAGGUUGCCAGAAAGACUGGGACGCAUAACCAAGUGUCCGGGAUAUUCUGUGAGCAGCGCCCCUGGAGGGAGGCAGGCUUCAGUGGGGAGGCAUGAGACACCUCCAGAAGAGAUGGAGAGAGGCCCCACCGGUGUGGUGCCAAGUCCCAUCACAGAGAGGACGCUGUGUCCAGUGGAGGUGGGCGCCCAGCUGCCCCAGCCACAAAAGCCAGCGCCCCGGACCCGCCUAGGGCUAGAACCACCUGCUUGCCAGUUUGCCCAGCACCUGGGAGCAGGGAAGGAGGGCGCUGACAGCCUCGAACCUGGAGUGGAGUCUCCACACCACAUUAGACCCGUCUACGCUGGGAAAUUUUUUGAUCGAACUCCCUACUGCUCAAGUGCGGGAAAAAUUGCUCCGAUUGGAUACAGAGUUGUAAACUGCUUGACUGAGAAGCUUCCCAGGCUUGUUACUCCACCAGAGGCAAAAAAGUUUUUCAGCUGCAGGUACCCUCCAGCUGGGGCUCAAAGAGUGUUUUACGGCAGAGCAAAUGAUCCCCCAAUUCCAUCCGAUAUGACGCAUGGCAUCAAAUCGACGCGUUCAAUUCCGGCAAGCACAUUUAUCAACCCAAAGCCCAUGACGGCAUUUCAACAGAAAAUGAAAGACAAACAAGAAUCGAUAUAUUUUAGCAACCAACGGGCACCUUUAGGAAGAUCUUAUGACCAAACGCCAGGACUGCCAAAAGGAAUGGAUAUUCUCAACACCACCUUUGGCACAGCUGUCAUCAGAGAAUUGUCUGCUAGGGAUGUGGUGAAUCCACCCAAAUCCUAUGGAGAAGUACUUAAAGAAACAACAGAAGGACAUGACCUGUAUGUUAUUUCUCACAAUGAUUACUAUGCAGGGGAAGCAAAGAAUCGGAAGUAUGACUCACCACGUUUCCACAGGUUUAACUUGUAUGGAGUCCCAACACCCCAUUUUAAUGAUGGGCGAAACAUGGCAAAGUCUUUAUUUUGGCUUCAUGAGCUACAAAUGAAAAGAGGAGAUAAAUUUGUAUCCAAGAGAGAGGAUGAUUUCAAAGAAAAGUUUCAACAUAAACUUGGGAGAGUUUUAGACCCCAUUGCAGAAACAAUGAAUGUUCCCCCAGACCACACAUUUGGUGCCUGUCUUCGUCCUGAGGAGUAUGGAGUGGGUGAUCUCAUCCAUAACAGACUUCCAGGAGAGUGUCUUCGAGGCAAGGACAGGCAGAGAGCCCUGGUCGCAGCAGUUCGACACCACUUGAAGAAAGUCAACUACCAGAACUUUGACACUCUGCUGGAAGCUUUCAGGCACUAUGACAAGAAGGGAGAUGGGAUGAUUGACAAGGCUGAGCUCCAAGAAGCGUGUGACCAGGCUAACCUGCACUUGGACGGACCGCUCCUGGACGAGCUGUUAGACUACUGCGAUGUGGAUAAAGACGGCCUGAUCAGCUGCCUGGAAUUUGCGAAUUUCCUCACCUGGAAAGACAAGAUGCCUCUGAAAGAGGAUGAAGAAAGGGCCAUUGUCAAAGGUAUACCACGAGAUUGUACUGGACUUACGGAGGCUAGGACUCAAGAAUCGGAACCAGCUCUCUUGAUAAAGCCUGAAGACAUUGUCUAUACUAUGCCAGGGAGCUCGGAGAAGACACUCCGCACCCUUCAGAGACCAAGCGACAAGGCGUCUAAUGAACAAAAGACGACUUCUUCUGAAAUCUGCGCGGUCGUGGGGGCGGCUCCUCCUGUCUGCUGUCCCAUCUACGGAGUCCCCUCUGUGCGGUCUGACAUCCCUGUCCCCCGGAUCCGCCGCAUCAGUGACAGAACGAACUACGGCGAAGACGGUAAUGCAUACUCCUUACUCUAUCCCACCAUCUUCAGCCAGAGAGGAGUGUUUGAGAGAGACUUCUUCAAGACUCGCUCCAAAGAGGAGAUUGCACAGAUAUUAUGUAACAUUGGUGUCAAGCUUUCCGAUGAAGAAUUUGAAAAUGUGUGGAAUCGUGCAUCACAGAAACAUCAAGGUGGAGAAGUUUGUGUAGAGAGCAUCAGAAACGUCCUUGAUGAGCUACACCACGCAGACCGGGCCAAGUGCAAAAUGCUCAUGUGA